ACUUAUGGCCAUGUGCAGAAGAUGAGGGCAGCAAUGACCUAUGCCUUUGGGCGGUUACAUGGGCUCGGUGAUAUGCCCUGGCAUCAGUCAGAGGUACCAGGGAAUUCCACCAUGCUGGGGAACCCAAGUAUGUUGGUACAGGUGUCAUCUUACAUGUGUGCCUUAUGGCACCGCAAGGUCCAAGCUGGCAAAGUCACCAUCAGUGCACAUGCAAUCACAUCAGAGAUACUCUCACAACUCUAUCAUUUCAACCAUCUACCUGACAAUUGGACCAUCCGUUGUCACACACCAAAGGUGUUUGGUGAGGUGGACAUGGAUGUAGCUGAUGAAUGGAGGUGA